UUUUUGUUGUGAAGAGCAAAGGCGAGGACCAUCUGUACGCGGAUGGAUCUGUGGUGAACAUAUUAGAGAGGUAGAAUGUAAAACACGAUGGCUGGUUUUGAGACAUACCAGGAGUAUCAGCGGAUUCACGAUUAUGAUGAAGACUCGCCUCCAGGAGAGGAAGAUUUACUCAUCCACGUGCCAGAGGGAAGAGGAGACCCAUGGCACCAUAUCAAGAACCUCGACAAUUUCUUCACAAGAAUCUAUCACUUCCAUCAGAAGAACGGAUUCGCCUGCAUGGUGUUAUCAGAGUUUUUUGAACUUGUGCAAUUCCUGUUUGUGGUCACGUUUACAACUUUUCUCUUCAACUGUGUGGAAUAUGAUGUUCUCUUUGCCAAUCGAGCCGUCAAUCACACGGGUCAGAGCCUCGGGCCUCUGGACAGGAGCAAAGUCACCCUUCCUGAUGCUAUUUUACCUAGUGAGCAAUGCACUGAGAGGAUUCAAGGAAACAGCUGGAUCAUCUUUCUCUUGAUAAUGGCAGCCAUUUUCUGGGUGUACCGGCUGGUGAAAGUGAUCUGUAACGUCCUCAGCUACUGGGAGAUCCGGCAGUUUUAUAUCAAAGCACUGAAAAUACAGAUGGAUGAGUUGUGCAACUUCACAUGGCAGGAAGUCCAGAACCGUCUCAUCCUCCUCCAGCGUGAGCAUCCCAUGUGUGUCCAGAAGCGUGAACUCUCUGAACUGGACAUUUACCACCGCAUCCUGCGCUUCAAGAACUACACAGUGGCCAUGAUCAACAAAUCCCUGCUGCCUGUCAGGCUCCGAGUGCCCUUCAUAGGUGACGUCAUCUUCCUCACGCAGGGCCUCAAAUACAACUUCGAGCUCAUCCUCUUCUGGGGCCCGUUGUCUCUCUUCCAGAACAAAUGGAGCCUGCAUCCCAAAUACAAGCGGGCAGCAAACCGCCACGAUCUGGCCAAGCAGCUCAGUCGGGUUAUUCUGCUGACUGGACUGGUCAAUCUGCUGCUGUGCCCAUUUGUGUUAGUCUGGCAGGUGUUAUACGCGUUUUUUAGCUACGCAGAAGUGAUCAAGCGCGAGCCGGGGAGUUUGGGGGCUCAUCGAUGGUCCCUGUUUGGACGUCUUUAUCUGCGGCAUUUCAAUGAGCUGGACCACGAGCUGCAGGGCAGGCUGGGUCGUGGGUAUAAACCCGCUGCUAAGUACAUGAACGCUUUCGUGUCUCCUCUGUUAGCGGUGCUGGCCAAAAAUGUGGCUUUCUUUUCUGGCUCAGUGCUGGCGGUGCUCAUCGCUCUGACGGUGUACGAUGAAGAUGUGCUCACCGUCCAACACAUCCUGACGGCCAUCACUGUGCUGGGGGUCGUCAUCACCGUGACCAGGUCUUUUAUUCCUGAUGAGCAUAUGGUGUGGUGUCCUGAACAGCUGCUUCAGUGUGUCCUGGCACACAUUCACUACAUGCCCGACCACUGGCAGGGCAGCGCUAACAAGAGCGAGACCCGAGACGAGAUGGCACAGCUUUUCCAGUAUAAAGCGGUCUUCAUCUUGGAGGAGCUGCUCAGUCCCAUCAUUACCCCCUUUAUCCUUAUCUUCCCCCUGAGAAGCAAAUCUCUGGAGAUCAUCGACUUCUUCCGCAACUUCACUGUGGAUGUGGCAGGAGUCGGGGACAUUUGCUCAUUCGCACAGAUGGACAUCAGGAGGCACGGAAACCCACAGUGGAUGUCUGAAGGGCAGACGGAGGCCUCGGUGUACCAGCAGGCGGAGAACGGGAAGACGGAGCUCUCUCUCAUGCACUUCACCAUCAAGAACCCGCAGUGGCAGCCGCCGCAGGACAGCUCCAUCUUCAUCAGUCACCUUAAAGAGAAGGUGCAUCAGGAUGCCCAGACCGGCCCAUCAACACAACUGCUGCUGUCUGAGGCUCCGCUCUGCUCCUCGCUGCUGUCCAAUGAGUCAGGCACCGGGCCUGACAACCUGUUAGCCAGUGUUUUGGCUCACCCUGUCCUGACGGCCUCGGGUCUGCCUGGAAGAAACCGGCGCUUCAUUUCUCCCAGCAGCGCGGCGUCAGCGGCUGCUAGCGUCCUAGCGUCUCUCUCAUCUUCCCAGCAGCCUCACGCCAGCCGGUCGCGCUCACACACACUCCUGCCGUCCCGACAGCAACACGACGGACACAUGUACAGCAGCGAGCACACAGUGGCGGACAGCAUGUCCGCUAGUGACCCCAGGAUGCUCAGUCAGUCUCGUUCAGCGCUGGCGUCAGAGUUUGCGUCUGCAGAGAUGAGUCUGCACGCAAUAUACAUGCAUGAGGUGCAUCAGCAGAAGACCCAUCAUGCAUCUGGACAGUUUCAGGCCCCUGUGCCAAUGAGGGACAUGAGCGCCAGUGCUCCUCAGACGGUCACUCUGGUGCCGCACACUUCAGGCCGUCUGGGUGGAUGGGCAGAGGAAGAGGAGGAGGAGCAGGGGGAUGAAGAGGAGAUCAACAGCAACCCUGAGCUCCAGCACACCAGCAGAGGGAGCAGCUGAAGUGCCUUCAACCUGGACCUUUUUGUGUUCAUUUCUGGGAGUCGUGGCCUUACCUUGGUUUGAAAGCCUUUGAUCAAGCAUGUCAUGACGCCACACGGAUCAGGCUUUUCAUGGAGCCGUUCCUUCAGUUCAGAGGAUCUGUGACGUAAUCAACUGCAAGAGUACGUCUGUCACUUCACAACUACAUUUACAUAAGGACUGCUGCGUGUGUAUGUGUGUGUAUGCUAUUGUUUUGUACAUGACACAAAAGGAUGACACUUGCUUUACAGUAUUUAUUUCCAUUUCAUGCAACAUUUGUUUCGUUUUGGGUUGGAGUCAUGUUUUCUGUGUCUGAUGUAAAGACGUGUCAUGCAGGCGGUGUGUUUUUAGGUUUGAAGCGCUGCCUUUGUUUUCGAUGGAUGAAAAUGCAUCACAGUAUUGAUACUUUCAACUUUGAUGACGGAAAAUAUCAGUGAAUGUAAACUCAUACCAGUUGCCUCGUGAGGAAAAAAAGAUGUACCAUUUAUCACAUUCUUUAAAGAAAAUACAAUAUAUAGAAUUAAUUUGGGGCUAAUUCCAUUUGUUUACAUUUUUUCCCAUUUUGACAGAUCAUAACAGUAGACUCUUAGUCUAAAAUAAAACAAAUAAUAAUAAAAACAUAUUUUAGCAAUAAAAUAAUUCUCGCUUAAUUAAAAAAACACUAUAAUUUGCAGCAAAACAAAGUUCUUUAAAAAAAAAAAAGUCUUAUUUUUGUGGUAUGCCUAUAAAGUAGUUCUGUAAUAAAUGCGCUUCAUCUACACCAACAAAUAUGCUAGUUUUAUCUUUAUUAAAAAAUCUUUACAUGACCAUAUGACUGCAUUAUUUAAGGAGUUUUGCUAUUUACAUGAUGCUAAAGGUGUAGGAAUGAUGAGCUAUAUUUUAAAUUAGGUUUUAAAUUGCUGGUAAUUUAGCUCAUCCAUGUUGUAGGUGACUUACAACAUUAAAGUAGAUUUUUUAUCUGUUUGUUCAUUUGUGUUCAUAAAAUGAAAGUCAGUGGCUACUGGGAGUUUCAGAGUAAAAAAAAAAAGCACAUACCAGCAAAAUAAAAUUAAUAUUCGUGGCUUCUGAUGGUACAUUGAGGUCUUGUGAAGGAAAGCGAUUGACCUUGUGAAAGAAACUUAACAUUAUUUAUGACUUUACCUUUAAAAUGCAUAUUUGGAGUUAACAGUUCUGAGUGCUAAAGUAUUCAUUUUGUUUUGUGUGUGUGCUUUUUUAGACUCUCAAAGUGCUGUUGUUCAUUGACCAAAGUUUCAGCUAAAAUCUACUGAAGAAAAAAAAAGUCACCUAUGUAUUGGAUGACCUGAGAUAAAUUAAUAGUAGAUUUACUUUUUUUGUUGAGCUAUUUCAACAUUAAAUGAAUAAAACCAAAUGCCAGACAUCAGAACAAGACCCACAUAACCCUUUUUAACCACUUAAUCGAAAAAAAUCUAAAUGUCGACUAUUAAACGUUAAACUUAAAUCAUUUUGAUUGUUGUGUUUUGAAGGUUGGUUUGGAAUUUGUACCCAGCCUUUUCCAGUGUGUUGAAAUAAAUAUCACACACUGGACAGAUAAAAAAAAAAGACAAUUCAUCAAUAUAAAUAAUCAAGAAAUUACAUAGUUAAAAUAUUUUACUUACUUUUUUGGAAGUAGGCUCAUUUUACAGCUCUUCUAGGGUUAAGCAGAUGAGUUUUACCAUUUUUGAAUCCAUUUAGCCGAUCUCCAGGAGCACUUUUAGCUAAGCUUGGCAUAGAUAAUUGAAUCGAAUUAGACCAUUGGCAUCUCACUCAAAAAUGUCAAAGAGUUUUGAUAGUUUUCCCACUUGAAGCAUGAUUAUUCUGUAUUUACAUUGUGUACUAAGACAGACAGAAAAUGAAAAGUUGCUACUUUCCUAUCCUGAUAUGGAUAGGAACUAAACUCACAUUCUGGCCUAAUAAUCAAGGAUCUUUGCUGCUGUACCAUGACUGAAGCAGAAGCAAUGAUAUUACACUGUUACCUAGGGACUAUUUCAGGUGUUGUGUAAUAUAAUUGUGCCUGCUUCAACCAUGGUACGGCAGCUAAGUUUCUUGAUUAUUACUCCAGUAUGAAAGUAUAGUUCCUAGACAUAUCAGCCUAAGAAAAUAUCAACUUUUCAUCUUCUGUUGGUCUUAGUACAUGACAGCUCAUUUAGGGUUAAGCAGAUGAGUUUUACAAUUACUGAAUCCAUUCAGCCGAUCUCCAGGUCUGGCGGGAGCACUUUUAGCUUAGCUUAGCAUAAAUAAUUAAUUUGAAUGAGACCAUUACCAUCUUGCAAAAAAAAAAAAGGCUUUUCAAUAGUUUUUCUACUUGAAGUGUGACUAUUCUGGAUCUACAUUGUGUACUAAGAUCGACGGAAAAUAAGUUGCUAUUUUCUAGGUCGAUAUGGCUAUAAACUAUAUUCUUCAUUCUGGCGUAAUAAUCAAUCUUUGCUGCUGUACCAUGGCUGGAGCAGGGUCAAUGAUAUUAUGCAGUGCUAUUACCUAGGGACUAUUUUCAGCGGAUGUGUAAUAUCAUUGUGUCUGCUUCAACCAUGGUACAGUAGCAAAUUUUCUUGAUUAUUACUCCAGAAUGAGAGUAUAGUUCCUAGCCAUAUCGGCCUAAGAAAAUAUCAACUUGUCAUCUUCUGUUGGUCUUAGUACAUGACUGCUCCUCUAUGGUUAAGCAGAUGAGUUUUACAAUUAUUGAAUCCAUUCAGCCGAUCUCCAGGUUUGGUGGGAGCACUUUUAGCUUAGCUUAGCAUAAAUAAUUAAUUCAGAUUAAACCAUUAGCAUCUUGCACAAAAAAAGCGUUUUAAUAGUUUGUUUUUACUUGAAGUGUGUUUUCUGUAUUUCCAUUGUGUACUAAGACCAACGGAAAUGAAGUUGCUGUUUUCUAAGUCGAUAUGGCUAGGAACUAUACUCUUAAUUCUGGUAUAAUAAUCAAUAAUCUUUGCUGCUGUACCAUGGCUGGAGCAAAGGCAAUGAUAUUAUGCAGUGCUAUUACCUAGGGACUAUUUUCAGCGGAUGUGUAAUAUCAUUGUGUCUGCUUCAACCAUGGUACAGUAGCAAAUUUUCUUGAUUAUUUCUCCAGAAUGAGAGUAUAGUUCCUAGACAUAUCAGCCUAAGAAAAUAUCAACAUGUCAUUUUCUGUUGGUCUUGAUACAUGACCGCUCUACUAGGGUUAAGCAGAUGAGUUUUACCAUUUUUUUAAUCCAUUCAGUCGAUCUCCAGGUCUAGCAGGAGCACUUUUAGCUUAGCUUAGCAUAGAUAAAGGAUUCUGAUUAGACCAUUAGCAUCUUGCUCAAGAAAUGUAAAAAGUUUUCCUACAAGAAGCAUGACUAUUUUGUUUUCACAUUAUAUGUACUACAGAAAAUGAAAGGUUGCUAUUGUCUAGGCUGAUACGGCUAGGAAAUAAAUUUUCAUUCUGGCUUAAUAAUCAAGGAACUUUGCUGCUGUACCAUGGCUGAAGCAGGGGCAAUAAUAUUAUGCAGUGCUGUUACUUAGGGACUAUUUUAAGGUGUUGCGUAAUAUAACUGUUUUAAGCUUGGUACGGCAGCAAAAUUCCUUGAUCAUUACGCCGGAAUGAGAGUACAGUUCCUAGACAUAUCGCCCUAGACAAUAGCAACUUUUAAUAUCAACUUUCGAAGUACAUGACCUAACUACUGAAUAGUCGCAGUUUAAGAUGGAAAAUUGAUCAAAACAUUGUAUGUUUUUUGAGCUAAAUGCUAAUGUUCUAGUCCGAUUUAAUGAUUUAUGCUAAGAUAUGCUAAAAGCUAGUUAACUGAAUGGAUUAAAAAAAGGGUAAAACUCAACAGUUACAUCCAAGGGAACGGUAAAAUGAGCCUCUUUCCAAAAAAUUGGACAGUGUUCCUUUAAUGUGCAAGUCAUUGUAGACCCAAAACUGAAGUGUAGGGGUUUUGUGUCGUGCCUGCAGUAAAAGCUCAAUCAGUUUCCAAACUGUUAUCUAGAAGAAGUAGUUUUUAAUGAAAGUGCUCUGUGGAAGCUCUGUCUGUGUAAUUUAUCACUAUCACCACAGCCUGAGGGCUUUCUGACAGUUCACACAUGCUAUUUGAGACUUUAUACCAUGUGACACGCGGAACUGUGACUUUCACAAAUCAUCUACUUGAAAUACUGCAGUAAAUGGAUGUUAGAGAGCUAGGAUGUUGUAGUUCAUAAAGGUAAAAGCAUCGAUAUCAAUGCCACUGAAAUACCUCUCAGUGUACAUUAAGAGCGCAUGUGUACAGUAUUUAUUGUUGCGGGAGUGACGCUAUUGAACGAACGAUGUGAUGGUGUGUGUUUGUGGUCUAAAUCGGAGAGUUUUUCCACGCAAGACUGAAGUGCGCAAGUGAAACACACUGUUUUACAGCUCUGUUUUCUUAAUGUUCAGUUCACACAGUUUGCGAUCGGACUGUGCCAGGUGCUAUAAAUAUGUAUAUUUAAUCGGUUUUGGAUAUUUAUCUUUUUUGUUGGAUUUUGAAUCUUUUUUUUUUUUUUUUUGUCUGAUCGAAAAUAACACUAUUGAAAAAUAAACCAUACCAAAAC